CUUGGCAUGAGGGUGGCCAAUGUAUAUGACAUCGAUAACAAGACCUAUCUGAUCAGACUUGGAAAGACUGAUGUUAAAGUCAUGUUACUGGUAGAAUCUGGUAACAGAAUAAAUACAACAGAAUUUGAGUGGCCCAAGAAUAUGAUGCCAUCUGGAUUUUCAAUGAAGUGUCGUAAACAUAUUCGUUCCCGGAGGCUUGUGAACAUCAGUCAAUUGGGAAUUGAUCGGAUUGUUGAUUUACAGUUUGGCUCAGAUGAGGCAGCUUAUCAUCUGAUUGUGGAACUUUAUGACAGGGGCAAUAUUUUUCUCACUGAUUACGAAUACACAAUCCUGAGUCUUCUAAGAACAAGAACAGAUGCUGAUGAUGUCAAAUUUGCUGUGCGUGAAAAAUACCCAGUAAAUUCUGCCCGACAGAGGGAGCCAUUAAUGAACCAAGAAAGGGUAUGUGAAAUUUUAUCAGAAAGCAAGGACGGAGUAGAAGUAAAGAAGGUUUUAAAUCCACAUUUUGUGUAUGGUGCUGCUCUGAUAGAACAUUGCCUUAUGGAAGUAGGGUUCCCUGAAAAUGUCAAGAUUGGAAAAGGAUUUAAUGUAGCAGAAGAUCUUCCUGAAGUUAUGGAGGCAUUAAAGAAAGCUGAAAGUUUUUUGGAAAUGACACUCACAGAGAAAUGCAAUGGAGUUAUUGUUCAAAAAAAGGAACAGAAACCUUUAAACAAUAAGAGCAAUGGCACAGAUCAGGAUGAACUGCUAACAUAUCAAGAAUUUUACCCAUUCUUACUGAAUCAACACAAGAAAAGUCCAUAUCUGGAGUUUCCAUCAUUUGACAAGGCAGUGGAUGAGUUCUUCUCAAAAAUUGAAAGCCAGAAAAUUGACAUGAAGGCUCUGUCUCAGGAAAAGACGGCACUGAAGAAGUUAGAAAAUAUCCGAAUAGAUCACCAAAGAAGAAUUGACUCGCUGCAAAAGUCUCAGGACGUAGACAUGUUGAGAGCAGAGCUUGUGGAGUUAAACCUACCAUUGGUGGAAAAAGCAAUCCUGAUUGUGAACAGCGCCAUCGCAAACCAGAUUGACUGGUCUGAAAUCAACAACAUCGUUAAAGAGGCACAGUCACAAGGGGACCCAGUGGCUUGUGCUAUUGGUGCAUUGAAACUGGAAACUAAUCAUAUCAGCAUGCAUCUCAGGAAUCCGUAUGACUCUUCAGAAUCAGACCCUGGUUCAGAUGAAGAAGAUGAUGAUGAAAGUACAAAAAAUAAAAAGAAGAAAAAAACAAAGGGUCCUAAAUUUACUAAAAUUGACAUCAACUUGGCUUUGUCUGCAUACGCGAAUGCAAGAAGCUUUUAUGAUAAGAAAAAAUUUUCCUCAAAAAAGGAACAAAAGACAAUUGAUGCUUCGGAGAAGGCGUUAAAAUCAGCGGAGCGAAAAACGAAGGAAACCCUGAAAGAAGUUGAGACUACUACAAGAAUCAAAAAAGCACGGAAAACAUACUGGUUUGAGAAGUUUCUUUGGUUUAUCAGUUCUGAGAAUUACUUGGUAAUUGGUGGCCGAGACCAACAGCAGAAUGAACUUGUGGUGAAACGACAUCUAGAACAAGGUGACGUGUACGUUCACGCGGAUCUCCAUGGUGCCACAAGUGUUAUAAUAAAGAACCCCACGGGUCAGCCCGUCCCGCCAAAGACCCUUAAUGAAGCCGGUUGCAUGGCGGUGUCCUACAGUGCUGCAUGGGAGGCACGGAUUGUGACCUCAGCCUGGUGGGUACAUCAUUCGCAGGUGUCCAAGACGGCACCCUCAGGAGAGUACCUAACCACGGGAAGCUUCAUGAUAAGGGGCAAGAAGAACUUCUUGCCGCCAUGUUACCUUAUGAUGGGCUUUGGUUUUUUGUUUAAAUUGGAUGAAACGUCCGUCGAAAAUCAUUUGAACGAGAGAAAAGUCAGGGCUGUUGAAGAUACUGAAUUAGUUGAGGAUGCUGAAGGAGACGAAGAGCUGAGCAUUCCAAGCGACGAAGGUGAGGAAGAAAAUCCACCGAAUUCUGCCGUCGAAGGGGUAGCUACUCUGGAAGAAGAUGAUGAGGAAGAUAGCUUGUUUCCUGAUACAAGCAUCGAUAUACAGCUUACGAAGGAGGGAAAAGUACAGCUUCAGCGUGGAACGAGUAGAAGCAACAGCCGAAGAGAUAGCGAAGAAGGAGAAACUGUUGCCCCUGAGGAAAGCAAACAGCUCACAAACAAGCAACGUCUAUCGGCGAAACAGAGGAGAGAGAAUCGGAAGAAGAAGGCCAGGCAAGGUGAAGACGGCCUUUUGCAGGAGAAUGACGAGGAAGAGCAAGAAAUAGAACAAGGAGAAGAAUGUGAGCAGAGGAGCAAGAAAUCUGAACAAAACCAUCAGCAAAAACAAAAACAACAACAGCAGCAGCAGCCACCUAAGAGAGGACAAAAGACAAAACUUAAGAAAAUCAAAGAGAAGUACGGCGAACAGGAUGAAGAGGAACGACAAAUGAAAAUGGAGAUUUUAGCGUCUGCUGGGCCUUCAAAAGAGAGCAAAGCUGAUAAGAGGAAAAAAGACAAGAAAGCGGGCAAAGGAAGUGGCGCCAACAGGCCAGUCAGCGGUAAAUCGGGGAGAAGGGAAACCCAGACAAGCAAAGGCCAAUACCAAAAUCAAAAUAAUCCAUGUGCACCAGAAGGCGGUAAAAGCCGAGAUCAGGACAAUAUCUUCCAGCCUAAACAGAAUAUGGACGAAAACAAAGGCAGCAAAACAAACUUUACAAAUCAAAAUUCAAGCGUCAGUCAGGAGAGAGGCGAUAGAAAGAAAGACGAUAUUGACAGUGAAGAGACGGCGAACGAUUUGGUUAACUCUUCUGAUAAACACACUGAUGAAGCAAGCAAUUUGGAACCGGACAGUGUAGAGGAUAAUUCCUCCAAAGAAGGAAUUUCAAAGGAUGAAGGUGCGAAUUAUGUCACACCUGAGAAAGAAAAGGACAUUGCUGAAUCAGAUGAUGAAGCAGAAGACGUAACUCCGAAAGAAGCUGUAUCACUGCUUGAUUCUCUGACAGGGUGUCCAAUCUCUGAAGAUUUACUGCUGUUUGCAAUUCCCGUCUGCGCUCCCUACGGUGCCGUACAAAACUACAAAUUUAAAGUAAAACUUACACCAGGAACAGCUCGUCGAGGAAAAGCUGCCAAGACGGCGUUGAGCACAUUUCUCUUUUCCAAAGAAGCUUCUCAGCUAGAGAGAGAUUUGAUUAAAAGUCUCAAGGACAACGAUCUUUCGCGUUACAUUCCAGGAAAAGUGAAAGUUUCAGCACCAAACCUUCAGAAAAAGAAGAAGAAAUAAUCAAUUACAAUGCAGAUUACACUUUAUCCAAAGAAAUAGUGUUAAUAAACCGCAACGUUGUUAAUGGA